GCUCGCGCCCCCGCCCGAGCGGGCAAGGGCAAGAAGAGCAAACCGCGCCCGACGGCGGCGGCAGCAGCGGCUGCUGCAGACGAGGACUUCGACAGCCUCGUCUCGUCUUUCGCCGAUAUGAACAAGCGCUGCAACGCCGAGCCCAGGUGCUCGUCGGGUAUCUUCAUGCGGCAGACGUGCGAGUUCUGCGCGCGCGUCUUCUGUCUCACGCACUGGAUGGCUGAGGCGCACGGUUGUGGCGCGGCAGCGCGCCGCGAUGCGCGCGCCAAGUUCGUCAGCGGCGCGUACAGCCGCGCGGCGAACCCGGCGGCCGAGGAGCGGCGCAAGGCGCUGCUCCACCUGAAGCUGGACCGAACGCUGGGCAAGAUGGAGUCGAGUAGGAAGGCCAAGCCGCCCAAGAAGAAGUGAGUGUCUGAGGUGGUGGAGCUGUGCUGGAGAGCUGUGGUGGAGCUGCGGAGCUGUAGAGCGGGCAGGGCAGGUGUAGACGCGAGCAGAGGAAUAUGAUCAGCUCUGUUUAGCGGCUGGUGGUUUUGUCUUAAUCGUGAGACCCAGUGGGUCCUGUCUUCGGACUCUUUUGUGAUAAUGGCGCUCGUACGUUACUUGAUGAAGUUAUUCAUCACUAAC